UAGGUGCAUCUGUCCACAUUAAACUGCACAACCGUCAAAAGGGGGCGCUGUUUUACCCAUUAGGCAGAAUUGGUUCUACAGUACUUAUGAUUUUUUAUUUUUCUGAAUGAGCACAUUUUGAUAAUCAGAUAAAAAAAUACUUUUUUUUUAUUAAAGUGUUUGUGUAUUUAUAAAGAGAAAAGUCGAUGAGAAACUUCCAUUUGCAGAAAAUGUUUCCAUUACCAGGAAAUGUUUAUAUCAUUAUUAUAACUAUUUUAGGCUUUCAUGGUAUGGAUGUGAAAUUAUAUAAACGGUUUAGCCUGUUAUGAAACAGUGAUCUCAUGUGUUUAUAUUUUUAUAUUUAUUGUUUUUUCCCCUCUCAGUCGUGUUGUCUGUGUGUAUCCUGUUCUCGUUGUGAAUGCUGUAAUAACUGUGCGACGUGUUCUGAAUGCGUUUGAUUGGUUUACGGCUGUCGGAGCUGAUGCCAGGGUCACGAAGAUCAAACCUUCAGUGAUUUUGGUUGUUUCAGGUUUUACGCUCCAAUUUCCACCCCCUUCGUGCCCAAGCUACGUUUCUUACGGUUCCUUCCGCGUGCACGCGCGUGCGUGUGUGUAGGGUAGUGUGUAGUCUAGCACGCGUGUAGUCUUCCAUACUGAUGAGAGGAGCCGCGGGUGUCGCGCGCGCGCGCUCCCGUUGACGUAGCGAAGAAAAGCGCGGCCGCGUGCAUCGCACCGGCGCUCCGUUUCCAUAGCGCGCGCGCGCGCUGUCUUGCGCAAUGUGACGGAGAGAUUCUUGUGACGGUCCGCACGGGGCCAGGAGUCGGUGUCGCGUCGCGGAUUGCUGCUACUGUUGCUAGGAACCCUAACCGGGAAAGGGGGAAAUAUGACUUAUUUCUGCUCCGCUCGUUUCGCGCGGUGUUGCACGCGCGCCGCUGAGAAAUAAAGCGCGGUGCGCGCGCCCGUCGGUCCGUCGCGUCGCGUCACGAGCCGAGCCGUGUUCGUCAUCCGCGCGUCGGGAGGAAAAAGCCGCUCUCCGGAUUUGUGAGCGCGAGAAGGCACGAGCUACAGUGAUCGGCGAAAGAGAGAGAGAGAGAGAGAGAGAAGGAGAGGGCGGGGGUCCGAGCUUCAGGUAGACAGAAGGACGGAGAGAGACAGGACAGACGGACAGACAGAGUCAAAUCCGCGGCCAAAAGGAGUAAAUACCGCUGGCGACUUACAGCCACAACUCCCGCGGUCGGCACGCUCGCGCCGUGGCGUGCGUGGGAAUCGGACGCUUUCCGCCCUUUUACGACGCUGAACCGGGUACAGCUUGUGCAUCAGCUGGCAUCACGGAGGAUCGAUGCUAUAGCCUCUCUCUACAUCAUCCCUCUUCUCCGUUAUACCACAUCCGCCGUUCAUGUGAGGGCUGCUUUUGGGUCACAUGUUCUAAACCUCCCCAAAAAAAAUCGGACCGAUUUAAUUGUAUUAUUUUUUGAGACCGAGCCGGAAAUCCGGGCGCCUUUGAUCGCGGUUCGAUAAGAUCCGUUUCGGAGCGCGAGAUCAAUCGGCGCGUGCGGGGCUCGGUGCGGCUGCUUGUGUGAAUGAACCCCUACCUUCCUCCUCUCUCCACCGGGAAACACUUUCUCUCCUGUUCACUUCAGAUAUGAGGAGAGGCGAGUGAAGAUGGAUGGGAUUAUCAGCAUUUUGGGGCUUGUUACGCUGAUCCUGGACGGCAUUUCCGCUCAGGGGGUGUACGCACCCCCUACUGUCCGGAUUGUGCACUCGGGUCAUGCAUGUAAUGUGGAGGAAGAGCGCUACACAGAGAGAGUAUACACUAUUCGGGAGGGUGAGACCCUGGAGCUCACGUGUCUGGUGACUGGACACCCGAGGCCACAGAUUCGAUGGACUAAGACAGCAGGAAGUGUGUCAGACCGUUUCCAGGAUUCAAGUGUCUUUAAUGAGACACUUCACAUCGCUAAGAUCCAGCGGCACCAAGGAGGACGCUAUUACUGCAAGGCAGAAAAUGGACUCGGCUCGCCAGCAAUCAAAUCCAUCAGAGUGGAUGUCUACUACCUGGAUGACCCAGUCGUGACGGUUCAUCAGAGUAUAGGCGAAGCCAAAGAGCAGUUCUACUACGAGAGGACAGUUUUCCUUCGCUGUGUGGCAAACUCCAACCCUCCAGUGCGCUACAGCUGGCACAGGGGCCGAGAUGUACUGUCUCAGGGCUCAGAUAAGGGUGUGGAGAUCUAUGAGCCUUUCUUCACACAGGGGGAAACAAAGAUCCUGAAGCUGAAGAACUUGAGGCCCAAAGAUUACGCCAACUAUAGCUGCAUCGCCUCGGUCCGGAAUGUGUGCGGCAUACCUGACCGCAGGGUCAUCUUCAAACUCACCAAUAAAACAGCCUCGCCAUCCAUCAAGCUUCUGGUGGAAGAUCCGAUUGUGGUGAAUCCUGGACAGACAGUGUCUCUGGUGUGUAUCGCCACGGGUGGUGAACCUCCCCCUACAUUGACAUGGACCAGUGUCUCGGAGCACCUUCCGGAGAAAAGUGUUUUGAAAGAUGGCACGCUCACGCUACCGGCUAUCUCUUCUGAAGAUGCUGGCGUCUACAGCUGCAUCGCCAGCAACAAUGUAGGAAACCCAGCCAAAAAGUCUACCACAAUUAUUGUUCGAGCGCUGAAAAAGGGACGCUUUUGGAUCACUCCUGACCCAUACCACAACGAUGACAACAUCCAGAUCGGCCGCGAAGUGAAGAUCUCGUGCCAGGUGGAGGCGACACCCCCUGAGGAACUGCAGUUCAGCUGGCUGAAGAACGGCCGAGCUCUGCGCAGCUCUGAACGCAUGGUCAUUACACAGACUGACCCUGAAAUCUCCCCAGGAACCACCAACUUGGACAUCAUCGAUCUGAAGUUCACUGAUUUUGGCACUUACACCUGUGUGGCAUCACUCAGAGGCGGGGGCAUCCCCGAGAUUAGCAUUGACGUUAACAUCUCUUCCACCACUGUUCCCCCUAAUCUGACCGUGCCACGGGGCAAGUCCCCACUGGUAGUGCGGGAAGGAGAGACGGUGGAGCUGGAGUGCCUUGUUUCAGGAAAGCCCAAGCCCAUCAUCUUGUGGUCACGGGUUGAUAAAGAGGUGCCGAUGCCAGAUGGAAGCAUGCAGAUGGAAAGCUAUGACGGUGUUCUGCGCAUCAUCAACGUGUCUCGGGAGAUGAGUGGAUCCUACCGCUGCCAGACCAGCCAGUACAAUGGCUUCAACGUCAAACCUCGGGAAGCCCUGGUGGAGCUCAUAGUGCAAUGCUCCGCUGUGGAGCCUGUGUUGUUGGAAGUUCGUCAGGGUCUGAGCCGGCCAGUACCGAUGACCUGUCGUGUGCUGCGUGCUCACCCUUCACGUGUGUUGCGGUACGAAUGGCGUCUGGGCUCCCGGCUGCUCCAUGCAGGCCACUUCGAUAACAGUGACGAGACCGAGUACUCAGUGCGUAGCCUCAGCCGCGAUGGCUACGGGGAGUACACGUGUGACAUCAUCAACGAGGCUGGAGCUGGCCGCUGCACCUUCCUGGUCACUGGAAAAGCUUAUGCUCCAGAGUUCUACUAUGAUACCUAUAGUCCUCUGUGGCAGAACCGUCCCCGGGUUUAUGGCUAUAAGCUGCAGUGGACACAGAUGAACCCUGAUACAGUGGACCGUAUCAUGGCUUAUCGUCUUGGCAUACGACAAACUGGGCAGCAAAGAUGGUGGGAGCAGGAGAUCCCUGUAGAAGGCCCGAUUCAGAAAGGGGAGCUCAUCACCUAUAACCUGACUGAGCUCAUCAGACCUGAGGCCUACGAAGUGCGCCUGACCCCCAUCACCCGCUUUGGUGAGGGAGACUCCGCCAUCAGGAUGGUGACCUACAGUGCUCCCAUUAACCCACAUCUAAGGGAAUUCCACUGCAGCUUUGAGGAGGAGCCUAUUUGCAUGUUUACUCAGGACAAGAAUGACAACUUUGAUUGGACGAGACAUAGCGCUGCCACACGCGACACUAAAUACACUCCCAAUACAGGACCCAAUGGAGAUCGCAGCGGAUCAAAACAAGGUUUCUACAUGUAUAUCGAGACCUCUAGACCGCGUAAAGAAGGGGACAAGGCUCGUUUGCUGAGCCCAACCUUCAAUGUGGCACCUAAAAAUCCGUAUGGCAUCACCAACCCUCCAGCAUACUGCUUCGGCUUUUAUUACCACAUGUACGGGAAACACAUCGGCACACUGAAUGCAUUUAUGAAGCAGAAAGGUCAGGCUACUUCAGAUGCUGGUCCAGUCUGGUCACUCAGUGGGAAUCAGGGUGAUCGGUGGAAACAGGCCAAAAUCAGCAUCCACCCCACUGCCUCCUUUCAGGUGAUCUUUGAAGGCAUCAGAGGUCCAGGGAUCGAGGGAGACAUUGCAAUCGAUGACGUCACUCUCGAAGAGGGGGAGUGUCCAGACCCUCCAUCCAAUCAUAUCAGAUCAAAGGCUUCGUUCCGGAUGACACAUAUAUGGCCGUUAUUCCCCGCCCUGGCUUUCACACUGUUUCAAGGUCUUAGGUGACCACCUUGCUGGGCGGAGACUGGUGGCGCUGUCUGAGGCCGCGACCCCGUACCCUCAAUAUAAUCACCAAAGAUUCACAUUUUCAGAUGACUAAGAGGGAAACAGCAAUGUCUCAAUAUGGAUUAUCAGACACAAAAUCAUGAAAAAUGGAAAAAAAAAUCAACAGACACAAAAAGUAAUAAGGAUUUGAUGUAUCUACUGAAAACAGUCUGCAAACUUUUUUGCCGUAAGAUGCUCCCAAGGACUUGGAUGAUAGCAACUUACUGAUGGAGUAGCAUGAGGCAGGGCUCAUUUGAAGGGCUCCCAUGCAGAUCUGGGGACAGUUUGUAAAGCACAAGGACAAAUUUGCCAGCUGGCAGUAACAAAAAAAAAGAAAAAAGAAAAAAAAAAGACCUUUUAUUAAAAAGGUGGGGAAAUGACAGGUGAUGACAGUCUCCACCAGCUCUUUAAUAUAAACACCUUUCAGUGUAUCAUCUUUCCUGUCCUUCAUUGUAUAUUCAGAUAUUAGCUUUUUUCCCUCCACAUCCUGCCCUGACACACAUGUGAUUUAACCUUCUUUUGGCUUGGUGCUUUAGAACACAUGACAAACCGUGGCAAAAAAAAAAAAAGAAAAAAAAUAUUAUCAUAUCUGCUUUACAUCCCAACCUGGGAAGCGGCCUGUUAUGAUUUCCAACACUGUGCUCACAUCCCCUAGUGGCAGGCCAGGGGUAGGAGACCAGGCUAAAGGAGCUAAUGAGCACCUGAUGAAGGAGGGCAGAAGAGAGAGAGAAGAGAAGAUGUGCAGAACCCUGAGGCGGAAGGCCAUGAAGAAAUAGAAGAACAGGUUAAGAAAAUGCUCCUCUUUUCUCUUCGGCAAGAACACUAACAACUUUGGAGCCACUUUCUGCCAUGAAAUACAAAGUGCCUUCAGAUAAUGAGCAGAGUUGCGAGCCUGGCCAAUAACACCAAACGCGUAAUGUCAAUAUUUCUAACGUCUGCGUUGGGCUAUUUUGUAUGAUUAUUUUGCUCCUUCAAGUGCUGAAUUGAAAGGUGGCGGAGGUGGAAGAUGGUUGCAGAAGUCAGCACGAAGACCUGCCUGUAAUUUGCAGAUUUAGCAAAAGUUUCAAUCUAAACACAGGUAACUUUGUUCUCUACUAUAAGAGCAGACGCGUCUUUGACUGCGUUCAGUGUCAAAUAGCCGUUGUGCUGUCUCUAGACCUGGCAGGUUACUACGCUAUUGGUUGGAAAGGUACAUGGAGACAUAGUCAGCCUGUCAUGUCAUUGCUUUACACGAACUCUCAUUGAGUGGGCCUUAGAACAGUCAGAGAUAAACACAGCACCAUGGAGGUGAAAGCAGGUGGCAGAGCCUGCAUUGGAUAAGGCCUACUAUCCCUAGACACACCUCUGCCAUUUCUAUCGAACAGUGUGCAUUCUGAAAGAAAAAAAAAAGAUGAUAUUAAUAAUAAAAUAUUUUAUUACAAUAGCGAGAAUGUUUCUCUGAUUUUACACAAACUGUGAAAAUAAACUGUGGAAGAAAUUUACCUGAAAGUAAGCAUAACCAGCUGGUUUUUAAAAACAUUCUAAAAAAAAAAAAAAGAAAGAAAGAAUGAAAGAAAGAAAGAUGAGAGCAUUUCAGUAUAUUGUUGGUUAUGAAUAAUGUUUUGAGGAGCUGUGUCUUGUUUCUUAUUUUUAUGUUAAAGCUGUUAUGACUUUUAGCUUUCUUUAAUUCUUGUUGUCUCCCUUGCAUUGCUGAAAUAUCAAAAUGGUUGGAAACAUAUUGAUUAAGUUGGUUUGGUAAAUGUAAACAAAGCUGUAUAUGUAAAGAAGCUCUGUUAUUCAAGGUUUAUAUGAAAUGUUUAUGUAUGAAUACAGGAAGCACAAUAUUUAAGGUUCCACAUUAAAAAGGCAGUUUGAAUUCAUGUAUGUGACUUUCUAUCUGCAAAGCCAAGAUUAUGAAAAAUGAGGAUGUGAUUUUUCUAUUCAAAUUUUGCGUCUUACCAGAAGAACACUUUUAUUAAAACGCUUAUAAUAUGAGUAGUAUUUGAUCAUCAUUAUGUCUUGAGAAAGAUGCCUGGUCUAAACUUAACCUACAUGGCUUACAUCCUUCAUCAGAACUGAGGGGGAACCUGAUUGCUGGAACAAAGUACUGGGUAGAGGGUGUCAUGAUCAUUUGAGACCUUUAUAGUCUUGGUUUUGUCUGUGUAGGUCACAUAUAUGUUUUGGUAUAUGCAGUGUAAAAUAGGUGUGCUAGGAACCAGAUACAAUACAUGUCGAUGAUGUGACCAAACCAGAGCACAAUGACUGAUGGUCAUUACAGGACUUGUGAAUACUACUUACAAUAUGUUUGCAGGAUUUAGCAGAUGUCCCUAUGCAGAGUAACUUAUGAGAGUGAUCUGUUGGAAAACAAAUCUUUAUGCUAAUACAAAUAGGUCAGGAUCUAAGAAUAUUUUAAUCUAAAACCUUCAGCUGAUGUCCAAUGCCGGCCAUUUUAGAGCUCAGGAUCAUUUGCACUGCUAGUCCAAGCUCUUUUCUUGAACGUCAGGUAAGAACAAUUAAAAUGUAAAAGCUCCAAUCUAACAAAGCUACAACCCAAUAUACACCGUUAAAGGCAAUAACUUGUACUUGGCUUGUUAUAGCAGGACAAAAAGCAAAAUUGCCAACACAUAUCACAAAUACACAUAAUAAACAGUUAACUUAAGUAUUAAGUGAAUGUAUUCAUUGGUUUGAAUUCAUUAUUGUUAAAGAAUAGUUGUUGUUUUUUUCAGCAGUAUUUCAACAUGUGACUCCACUGCUCAUUUUAAUUGUAUUAUUUGCAUCAAUAGCAUUCCUCCAUUGCUCUUUCCUUAAUACAAUUCACACACAUUUAACAAUGCCAGAGUUUAAUAAUGUCUGCUACCUAUUGUGUUUCAUGUAUAUAUGUGUACAAGUAAAUGUAAAAAAAAAAGUUUUGUGUAAUGGGUAAAAGUAAAUGUGUUAUCAAUUUCUAAAUUCACAGGUAAAAAAAAACUGUUAAGGACCAUUUCAGCCUUGUCAUGUAAAAGCCAGAGCAUAUGGAAGAAGGAGCUAGCCAAGAUAUGGAUUAGAUAUCUUUUAUAGAACCCCAGUCCCAACUCUGAGCCAAGAUAGCAGUCCAGAAACCUGUUACCUCAAUGUUGCUUGAACAAUCCCUUUUAAAAACACUUUGAAAUCUUUGCCAAAUCCGCAAAUAAUCUUCUUAAUUAUGUACAUAGCAAAUACAUCAGCUCUUUGGCAUUGCAUCAAAGUUUAAAUGUUUUUUAAAGUUCUUAAGGUUUGCUCCUCUCAUAUUUAAAUAAGCUUUUUAGCUAAAAAGAAAAAAGUUUUAUUUACCUUUCACUGAUUUUUUUUCUCAGAUUAAAAAAGCAAAAUAAUGACACCACUUAUAGUAGCCUGUUUUCCCCCUAAACACUUGGAUAUAAAGCACUUAGUGUAUCUCAUUACUUCACCUAAGGAUACAAAGGUGUUUUAAUAGGUCACAACCUCUGUCAUUAAUGGAAGGGCUUUUAAAUUAAUAUUAUUUUAAAUUCUGUGGCUCAAUUCUAGACUAAUGAUGCAAAUUCACAGAUAUUAAUAUUGAUAAAGUGACCUGGUCCUCCAUUUGUGUACUCUCCCUGAACGUAAAGGACUAAAUGAUAAGUUAGAGGGUACUGACUCUCAUCCAACUUCCUGUACUGACAGCAUCAUUGUUCUCUGCUUUGUGCUCUGUUUAGGCUUCCUUUUCACUGUAUUUCUUUGGAUUUAUCACUGAUUCUUUGUGCCAUCCCUAAAACUAAUAAUAAAACAAUAAUAAAAAAGCAGGUAUUUUA